AUGAAUCCAAAAUUAGAUACUAGAGCAAAAGGUGAACAUUUUUAUAUGCCAGAACAAUUAUUUGAUAAAGGAUCAAUACCAAAGGAUUCAACAUUAGAUAGAAAACAAAUUAUAAAGAUAAUUGAUCGUUUAGUUGGUUUAGAGAUAUCAUGGAUAGAAGGAGAAUCAUUACCAAUGACAUUAUUCUCUUGUAUGUAUUUACAUUUUCCACAAAGAUUAGAGAAUCAAAUGUUUUCAACCUACGUUAAUUCAUUAUUGGCAACUUGUGAUGCAAUUAAUCAAAUCAUUAGUCGUGGUGAUGUAUGUUGUGAAGAGGAUUUCAAUCUAUCAGAUUUCAAUCUAACUUUAUUAUAUCCUGCAAAUCAACAUAUGGUUGUAAAUAUUAGACAAUUGGAAGAACUAAUAGAUCAAUUAGAUCAACAAAUUACAACUGAAAAAUCAAAACCAAUAAAAGAUUUAGAUGAACUUAAAAUUUUAGUUUCAUUAUAUAAUAGAAUUUUAUUUAGAAAAUUAUUUUAUAUUAUUAUAUUUUCAUUAUCAGUUUCAAAUUUAGUUUUAGCGAUUAAAUCAAUUAAAGAGAUAUUACCAGUUAUUGAAUUUUUAAAGAAUGAUGGAUAUAGUAAUAGGGAUGAUAUUAUUGUACCAACUGAAAUUUUUAAUGGUGCUUUAGUUUCAAAAUUAUAUUCAUCAGUUGGUGCUGUUUCUCAAGAGAAAACAUAUACAGCUGCAAUUAGUUCAUUUGAAAAAUUAUUUAAUGAUUUUCAAACUUUAUUUAAAAUGCCUCAUUUAUUAGAUUCAACAAUUCAAAGACAACAAUUAUUACAAUUACAUCAACAACAGCAACAACAUCAACAACAACAACAAAAUAUAACAACAGAUCAAGAUAAUAAUAAUAAUAAUAAUAAUAAUGAAACAACAGCAGCACCAGUAGUUUCAGGUAAAAAUAAAUCAAAAGUUGAAAAAAGUGAAUCAAUUAAAAUUGGUGCAAUUUUAGAUUAUCAUUUUUAUUUUAGUAGACCAUCACCAAAUAUUGUUACAAGAUCAGUAUUAAGAAGAUUAUUAUUUCCAUUACCAUUAGGACAAUUUUUUAAAAAUGAUACAAUUGAAGAAUCAUUAAUUGAAUGGAUGCAUGAAUUUGGUAUACCAAUGGAUAAAUUAGUAAAUAGAGAGAAAGAGGGUGUACCAAUGUUUAUAGAUACAGUAUCAAAAGUUAUUCAAAAAUUAUUUGUUCAUAUGGCAUUGAAUAGAGCAAGACAAAGAAGAAAAUUAAAGGUAUCAUUAUUUGAAUUAUCAUUAUUACAAAAUGAAGCAGAUAUAUUGGAUACAAAGAUUGCAAAAGAACCAACAAACGUUUCAAUUUAUUUUGGUUCUUUUAUAUUUCACUUAAAAUUAAGAGUUAUGCAACAUUAUCUUUUCUUAGGUUUUGAAUUAGAUAUCUAUUCAUAUCAUGAAUUUCCAAGUGUUUAUUAUUAUUUAGAUUAUUUUUAUAAUAUUCAAUCAAAUGUUUCAAAUUAUGUUUAUAAAUUAAAUUAUAAUAAUAAUAUAAAUAAUAAUAAUAAUAAUAAUAAUAAUAAUAGUAGUAGUAAUAGUAGUCAACAACAGCAACAGCAACAGCAAUCAAAUAAAAAAAAUAAAAAUAAAAAUAAAAAUAAAAAUACACAAUCAAAUAAUAAUAAUAAUAAUAAUAAUAUACAACAACAACAACAACAACAAGCACCACCACCACCACCACCAACAAUUGAAAGAACAUUAUUAGUUGCAUAUCAUACUGCUGUAAGAGCAAUGUUUAGAUUUUUAGUAGUAUUGAAACAAAAUGGUAAAAUUGUUGACCCAGUUUGUGAUUUUGGUAAUGAUGAUCUUAGAUUUAUGAAAAAGUUUGAACCAUUUUUCAAUCCACCUUAUCAACAACCUGAACCAUUGACAAAUGAAAUUUGUAAGAAUUCAACAAAAACUAAUGAACCUUGGAUAUCUUUAGUGAUUACAACUUUGGAUAUAUUAAAACAAAGUAAAUCCGCUAUAGAUGUAUUACUAUUACCAGAAUCUAAAUUUAAUGUUCCAAUUCCUUUCUACCAAGUCGAGGAAGCAAAACAAUUACAACGUUCAAUUCUUUCAAUGCGUUUACAAAUUCAAAAGUUAUUACCAUCAUUUGAUCUAUCAAAAUUAACAAUUGAAAAAGUUUUAGCAUUACCAAUUCCUAAAUUUUCUGUUCAAAUCGAAACAAAACCUUAUUUCCCAAAUAUUAAUAUUAAAUUAGAUUAA